AAGUAUGGUCGCGUGAAGUGGAACGGUGGAAGCCAGUCCAGUCUAUAAAACGCAGUUAAACUCCGACACCGGAUUCUUCAACCGUAUGCUUGUUUUCUCCUUCCUUCAACCUACAGAAACCUAAAGAAUUUCUCUCUGAAAUCUCACUCUAUCCAUGGCGGAUGUCGAAAUGAUUCCUUCCGAGUCGAUUGAGGGUGAUUCUCAUGAUUUUCGCUCGCUUCUCUCUUCCUCGGAGAGAGAUUUCCUCAUUCGCAACACCGGCGAUCAGGUUAAAAUUGACAGCUUGGAGGGGAAGAAACUUGGAUUCUAUUUUUCAGCCUCAUGGUGUGGUCCAUGUCAAAGUUUUACCCCAAAGUUAGUGGACGUGUAUCAGCAACUCUCUCCUAAAGGUGAUUUUCAGAUUAUUUUUGUCUCAGGGGAUGAAGAUGAUGAGUCAUUCAAUGAAUACUUCUCAAAGAUGCCGUGGCUUGCAAUUCCUUUUCCUGAUUCGGAGACACGUGAUCGCUUGGAUGAGUUGUUCAAGGUGUCAGGAAUACCUCGUCUUGUAAUCCUGGAUGAAGAUGGAAAGUUUUUGACUGAUGAUGGAGUUAGCAUCAUACGGGAGUAUGGAGUGGAUGGGUACCCAUUUUCUGCCAAAAAGGUCAAAGAAUUAAAAGAACUAGAAGAAAAGGCUCGAAGGGAGCAGACCAUAAGAUCUAUCUUGGCUUCACCUUCACGUGAUUUUGUAAUCUCAUCAGAUGGAAGCAAGGUGCCUCUAUCUAAACUUGAAGGGAAGACCGUAGGUCUAUAUUUCUCAAUGUCUGAUGACAAUUCUUGUGCUGAUUUUACUCCAAAACUUGUGGAGGCUUACAAGAAAUUGGAAGAAAAAGGGGAAAGUUUUGAGAUUGUACUGAUUUCUCUGGAUGAUGAAGAAGCAUCAUUCAAGGAAAGCUUUGGAGGCAUGCCUUGGUUGGCAUUGCCUUUCAAAGACAAUAGCUGUGAGAAGCUGGCACGGUACUUUGAGCUCUCAACCCUUCCAACUGUUGUUAUCAUUGGACCUGAUGGGAAAACUCUCCAGUCCAAUGUUGCUGAAGCUAUUGAAGAGCAUGGGAUGCAGGCAUAUCCAUUUACCCGUGAAAAUUUUGCUAAGCUUGCAGAAAUGGAGAAGGCGAGGGCGAUGUCGCAAACCUUGGAGUCAAUUUUGGUUUCUGGGGAUCUGAAUUUUGUCAUUGGGAAGGAUGGAGUAAGGAUGCCGGUGUCUGAUUUAGUGGGGAAGAACAUUCUCUUGUACUUUUCAGCACAUUGGUGCCCUCCAUGCCGUGCUUUCCUGCCAAAACUAAUUGAUGCAUACAACAAGAUCAAGGCAAAGGAUGAAGUAUUUGAAGUGGUUUUUAUUUCUAGUGACAGUGACCAGGCCUCCUUUGAUGAAUAUUUUUCUGAAAUGCCUUGGCUGGCUCUUCCUUUUGGUGAUGCUAGGAAAUCAUCAUUGAGUCGCAAAUUCAAGGUCUUUGGCAUACCUAUGCUUGUUGCCAUUGGGCCAAGUGGCCGAACCGUUACAAAAGAAGCCAGGGAUCUCAUCAUGAUGCACGGAGCUGAUGCUUAUCCUUUCACCGAGGAGCGUUUGAAGGAGAUUGAAGCAGAGUAUAACGAAAUGUCAAAGGGGUGGCCUGAGAAAGUCAAGCAUCCUCUGCAUGAUGAGCAUGAGCUUACUCUUGUUCAUAGGAUGGUUUACACCUGCGAUGGAUGUGAUGAAGAAGGACAGGCCUGGGCAUUUAGCUGUGAUGAUUGUGACUUCGAUCUCCAUCCCAAGUGUGCUCUAGAGGAAGCAAAAGGAGCUGAAGGUGAAUCAAUGGAUGAACAACGUCCAAAUGAUGAAUGGGUCUGUGAUGGGGACAAGUGCACUAGAGUUUGAGGCAUUUGGUAAUUGUGUCCUUGGAUGGCUUUUGUUUUUUUUCUUAGUUGUGUUCAGUAUGCGGUAGCAGUCUCUCUCUGAAUCAUUAGCUGCAUAACGCAAGAAGCGUGUUUGUUGUAUGGAUUCAUUUAUGAUUUUGCUGGGUGGUAGUGGUACUCUAUAGUAUAAUGAAUAAAAGACCGAUUCUUGGGCAGCAAUGUUUUCCCUUAGAUAUGCGUGCAUGUAUAAUUCACCAU